AUUUACAGAUUUCUGGAUUUACAUGGAUUUCCAUGAAUAGAACUUCGGGAAUUGGGCGGAAAUUCGCUACGCUAGAAUCGGGUAUUGCAGACCACUGGCAACACUGUUAAUUCCCUUUUCUGUUAGUUUCCGUGAGAAGUGAGAUUGAUUUAUUAUCUUGUACUUCAAGAUCAUAUAAAGUUUAAAAUGUUGAUGCCAAAAAAAGAUCGUGUUGCUGUGUAUGAAUAUUUGUUCAAAGAAGGCGUGUUGGUAGCGAAAAAAGAUUUUCAUGCAGCAAAACAUCCAGAUUUAGAAAAUGUUCCUAAUCUGCAUGUUAUUAAAGCUCUUCAAUCUUUAAAAUCGAGAGGUUUGGUCAAAGAGCAAUUUGCUUGGCGUCAUUAUUAUUGGUAUCUAACAAAUGAAGGGAUCCAGUAUCUUAGAGAUUUUCUUCAUUUGCCUCCUGAAAUUGUUCCAUCAACAUUAAAGAGGCAAACUAGACCUGAAGCAGGAAGACAAAGAUUAAGAGCACCAACUGAACAAGUACAGAAGUCUGCAGCAGAUAGAGAAUCUUAUCGACGAGCUCCUGGUAUGAAAUUCUUUUUAUGUAUCAAAUUUAUUAUAAGAAUAAUUCUUUUUCUUAUAAAUUUAAGCAUUUUUAAACCAUGUUCAUUUUUUAACAGAAUUUAAGGAUUUAGUUAAAAG